GACGUUUCCGUGAAUUUCUGACCUUAUCCCCCACUUUGAAUUCAACUCCGUUCACAGGUAUAUAAAGACACCACUUUUAACAAUGGAAGCUGUAAACUUUUCAUCGAGAAUUUUUUUAAUUUUCUUGCUGAACAGCUUCGCUGUUCCAUUAUACUUAUAGGAACGAUAUAUUCUUGAAAUUUUUACGCCGAUUCAGAUACGAUUUCUUCCGCUAUUUUACUGCAGUCUUAUUUCCUUUUGUCAUUUUUCCUACUUUUUUAAUUUAUAAAAAAUUUCCGUCAAAAUGGCGGGUUCUGAGUACUCUUCUCCUGAAAUAUUUGCUACUAGGUUAGCCGAUCCUAACAUUUCAACUAGAACAAAAUUAACAAUUUCAAUUAAUUUACGGGAUUCUAUUGAAGCAUAUCAAAAUGCCGACUAUAACCAUUUCCUAGAAGUUUUGAUACCAGUUUUGAAAAAAAUACUUGAAAAUGAACAGCCAGUCUUUCACAGCAAUUCCGAAGAGCAAAAACUAAGAAAUCUUCUCUUGGAAGUGCUUUAUCGAUUGCCGCAGAAUGAAGCGCUUAAGCCAUACGCAACUGAACUAUUACAACUCUUAAUGGGCUUGUUAAAAGUAGAAAAUGAAGAUAACGCUGUUAUAUGUUUAAAAAUUAUUAUUGAAUUGUAUAAAAGUUAUAAACUACUUUUGGAGGAUCAAGUCCAGCCUUUUUUAGAUAUAGUUAGAGAAAUGUAUUUGAAUAUGGAACAAACGGUAAAGGAUGCCUUUGAUUCAUCCGGAUCUUCUGCAACGCCUGGUGCUAGCACUCCAAUUCAAACAAUAGUACCACCUUCUCCCAGGCCUACAUCACCUGUAUCCGACGUAACAACUAAUGAAGCUACACCAAACAAAGUCUUAGCGAAGAGUUUACACAGUUUUAAAGUCUUGACAGAAUGUCCUAUUAUUGUAGUUUUACUGUUUCAAUCACGCCGUGAAUUUGUAAAUGAUAGUAUAAAAAGUUUUGUUCCGCUUAUCAUAAAGACGUUAGGACUUCAAGCUCGUCCACAAGCAGAAGCUCACGAAGCAGCUAAUUCCAGAGGCGAAAUUUUUGUUGGAGUUGCUCCGGGAAUCAGGGACCGUGUAAAAUAUACAGAAUUCAUAGUUGCUCAAGUCAAAACAAUGUCGUUCCUAGCAUAUUUUUUACGAGCUUAUCCGGAUUCGCUGUCUGAAUAUCAAAAUAGGAUACCGGAUUUCGUUAUUCGACUUCUGCAAGAUUGUCCCCCCGAAGCUUCAGCAACUAGAAAGGAUUUAUUGGUUGCAACCAGACAUAUUCUGUCGACUGACAUUCGAAAUACUUUUAUUAACAAAAUUGAUAUUCUCCUCGAUGAGAAAGUAUUGGUUGGUACUAGCGUUACGUCUCAUGAUACGUUAAGGCCAAUGGCAUAUAGUAUGCUAGCAGAUUUAGUUCAUCAUGUACGAAACAAGCUUACUCCUACACAACUUUCCAAAACAGUAUAUAUGUAUUCGCGCAAUCUACACGAUCCGACGUUGGCUGCCGGUAUUCAAACAAUGUGUUCAAAAUUACUGUUAAACCUAACUGAAUGUAUUGUAAAUAUUCCUAAAAGAGAUGACAAAGACGAAGCAAGAGAAUUGUUAAUAAAAAUAUUGGAUACUUUUGCCACUAAAUUUACAACAUUGAAUCUUCUUUUUGUGGAUUAUCAACGUCACCAUCAGAAAAAGAAAAGUACAGAAUUUAAUGAAGAUAAUUCGGCAGAACAAUCAACUGAUUAUUUCGACUUUGAACAAGCACGGCCUAUCCAUACAGCUUCACCUAAUGAACUACAGCAGGAUAUAAUAAAUGAGGGACGAUUUUUAUUCAGAAAUCUUGUAUCAUGCCUUAAACCAAUUAUAAUUGGAUUGAAACAAACCAAUCCGCCACUACCACAACCAGAUAAUUCUAACGUAAAUUCUAUAAAUCCCCAGCUGUAUAAUUCUGUUGCACGUGGUUUUACUCAAGAACAAAUAGAUAUUUUUGUUCGUCUAUUCCGAGAUGGUGUUUGCUGUUUUGAUUAUUUUAAUGUAGAUAAUUUAGAAAGAUCUCAAAUAAAACUUACCGAGAAAUUAAUAUCUUUAGAAAGUUCAAGUAGAAUUGGACCAUUUUCGAAGCUUGAAAAAGAUGCGUUGGAGCAUUUUAGUAGUGCAUUUUUCUUUAUAGAUCCUGCAAUUUUCCAAGAAAUAUUUGCAUCGCAAAUGGGUCUCUUUUUUGAUAAAAUACUACAAAACCCUUCAUUAUUACAAAUUCCACAAUUAUUUUUGGCAACUAAUGAAGUAAUUUCUCAAAAUUUUGCCGGAAUUCUAUUGCGAUUUCUUGUAGAUAGAUUAGAUAAACUAGGAGGACAGGAUACAUUAUACUCUUCCAUAAUGCUUCGUUUAUUCAAAUUGGCGUUUAUGUCUGUUACCGCUUUUCCACAUCAAAAUGAAAUGGUUCUUCACCCACACCUUGCUAACAUCAUUACUUCGUCAAUGAAAUUAUCAGCAAAGGCCAAAGAGCCAUUCAAUUAUUUUAUGUUGCUUAGGAUUCUUUUCAGAAGUAUUGGUGGUGGUAGAUUUGAAAUGUUAUAUAAAGAAGUUUUACCAUUAUUACAAGUGCUUUUAGAAGGAUUGAAUACCCUCCUUUCAUUAACAAACAAGCAGCGCAUGCGUGAUUUAUUUGUUGAAUUAUGUCUUACGGUUCCUGUUCGUCUCAGUGUACUUUUACCUUAUCUAAGUUUCCUGAUGAAGCCUCUUGUCUUGGCGUUACAAGCUGGUACAGAACUAGUUACACAAGGCCUGAGAACUUUGGAACUUUGCAUCGACAAUUUGACGCCGGAGUUUUUGGAUCCUAUAAUGGCACCCGUUAUUAAUGACUUGAUGCACGCCUUGUGGAAACAUCUUAAACCAUCACCGUAUAAUCAAUCUCAUAGUCUUGUGACGACUAGGAUAUUAGGUAAAUUGGGAGGUCGAAAUCGUCGUAUGCUCAAGGAUCCGCCACAACUUGCAACAAAUAUACCUUCAUUAAGCGGUCUAGAUCUUCAAAUUUAUUUUGAUCCUUCAUUGACGUCACAUUCAUUUUCUUUAGAUGAAUGUUUAUCGUUAUCUAUAAGAACAUUGCAAGAUUCUAAUGUCUCUACUUUUUAUAGAAAGCACGCUUAUAAAUUUUUAGUUGCUACUAUUCCACUUUUGUUCGAUUUGAACGAAGGAGAUGAAGGUUUGGCUGCUUGUAUUACCGAAAGACUUCAUCAAGAGUUUUUGCCGAAUGUAAUGGGAGAAAAUACAGAAUUGCUAAAUAGUAAAUUGUCAGCAAGUCUUACAGACAAUGACAAUAUGGAUGUUGACUUACCUAAUAGUGAAAAUCAAUCAGCAAUAUCGAAAAAAGUUAAAAAGGAGGGUCACAAACAAAUUUUGAGAAGAAAGAAUUUACAAGAAGAUACAUUGCAGAAUGCGAUUUGUGCAUUAUUUGUUGCUUCAUCUAUACCUGAACUUAAAGAUCAAGCUUGGCCUUUCUUACAAGAUAUUUGUAAACAUUUUGCUUUAUUAGAGGUUGGUGAAGCUAUUGAUUUCCGUAAUACUAGAGAGAAAAAAAUUGAUUUCCAUAAUUAUGAGAAAAAAUACAACUUAGAGAAUAAAAUUAUGGUGGAUGCUUUGGUAGAAGUUAUGACAUCUGAAAAUAGCAAACUCCGCGAACUUGCUGCGUCAGCUUUGAAGAUAAUAUACGAAACAUGUAUAUUGGUUACAGGAACAAAGGAAGUAAUAUAUUAUUUCCCUAUGUUUCACGUUUUGGCAUCACGUUUUUGUUCUUGCUGUUACAAACAAGAAUGGUAUCGUAAAAGUGGAGGCUGUAUGGGUAUAUCAGUUCUUAGUUCACAAAUUGACAUGGGGACUCGAUGGAUGAUGGACCAUCAACUUGAAUUCGUUAAGUCUUUGCUAUUUAUUUUAAAAGACAUGUCGUCUGAAUUCGCGGCUGGCUAUGUUGAUAAUGCGGCGGACAUUUUAUUGCAUGUUCUUAAGGUUUGCAAUCGAACAGAACAACUUGUUGAUAGAGAUGAUAAUCAGAUGUCAGACAUUCCUCAAGAAUCGCCUGAUAGACAAAAAUUUGACAGGCUUAUUACUCUCUUAGUUUCUGAACUUUCAAACGCAAAUGCUACAGUUAGAGAAACUGUACAAACAGCAUUUUAUCUUUUAGCUGAAUUAACGAAGAAAGAUGUGACCGUAUUACUUUCUAAAGCGAGAGAUGAAUUACUUAAUCCUAUUUUUGGAAAACCACUUCGAGCUCUUCCACCUUCAAUGCAAAUAGGACAUAUUGAUGCUAUUACAUUUUGUUUAUCAUUGGAUCCUCCGUUUUUAGAUUUCCAUCAGAAUGAAGAAUUAGUAAGGUUACUUAACGAAGCCCUUCAGUUAGCUGAUGCCGAAGAUCAAAAUUUGGUUAGUAGAACUACACAAUUCAAAAAUUCGGCGUCUGCAAUAAACUUACGGAUCGUCUGUAUUAAAUUAUUAUCAAAAGCUAUGGCACGUUCAGAAACUUUUCCACAGAAUACUGCUGUUAAUACCCGAUCUCGAAUUACAACCGUUUUUUUUAAGUCAUUAUACUCGAGAGCACCUGAAGUUGUUGAUGUAGCAAAUAAAGGACUUCAGCAAGUUCUUCAACAACAACAUAAAUUGCCAAAAGAUUUACUUCAAGCAGGUCUACGACCUAUUUUAGUAAAUUUGUCCGAUCACAAAAAAUUGACUGUUCAAGGACUUGAUGGUCUAGCUAGACUUUUGGAAUUGCUUACCAAUUAUUUUAAAGUAGAAAUCGGUAAGAAGCUUCUCGAUCACCUUAUUCAAUGGGCGGAACCUACUGUUUUACAAGAAGCUGCUGGGAAACCUUUAAUAGAGGUUGAAUCCAUUAGGAUAAUUGUUGCUAUCUUGAAUGUAUUUCAUCUUUUGCCAUCAGCCGCUCAUAUUUUUUUGGGAGAUCUGGUUCCCAUUGUUUUAAAUUUGGAAGAACAAUUACGUCGCUCAAAAUCUAGUCCUUUUAGAUUGCCUCUUAUUAAAUUUUUGAAUAGAUAUUCAUCGGAGGCAAUUGAGUAUUUUUAUGACAAGAUAGGUGACAGAAAAUAUAGUAGAUUAUUUGUUAAUUUGCUUGGAGCAGAAGAGGCAUCUAAACUUCGACAAGUCAUAAUGGAAGAUCCCGUUAAGUUAAUAAAUAGGACUUCAAGUAUUCAAGAUCAAAAUAAUUUAGAUCAAAGUAGUCCAGAUGAGGCUAAAUUUCAAAGAAUUUUGAUUAUUCGUCAAAUAGUAAAGUAUCAUCCAAAGUGGUUAAUUGAACCUUCUUCUGAAACUAUUUUGAAUUGUUUAAAACUUGCUUGGAAUGAUCAAGGUCGUUUAGAGCGAUUGAAAAAUGAAGAUACUCUAAGUUUAGAUCAAACCCGCGAAUCUAAAUAUUUGGUUGAGAUUUUUAUUAGUUAUUUAAAAGAAAAGCCAGAUGAUUACGACCUUUUAUUUGAUCUGGUUACAAUCUUCUCUCAUAGUAGUUUAAUCGAUUACACAUUUUUGAAAAAGUUUUACCAAGAGGAAGUUGCAAUGAAGUAUACUGCGGAACAGAAAAGAAUCAUUCUGGAUAAAUUUUUGGAUACGUUUGAUGAUCCGUUCAUAUCACAAUGUAUCAAAAAACAAUCUUUAAGAAUAAUUAUUACUCCUAUGCUUUUAUAUGCCUUUUACAAAGGACAAUAUGAACAAAUCAUUGGAACUAAACAGAUGGAUAAAAUACAGAAUUUAUGGCAUUACUUGGCUGAUACGCAUGAUGAGAUUGAAGACUCAUUACGGAUUGAAGUACUUCAAUUUUCAACUCUUCUUGUACAAAAAGUUCCACAUAUUAUAACUACACGAAGCUAUCUUGCAAAAUUUGGUUGGAAUUGGUCGAAAGUUGAUGAUAUUACAGCAAAGCAAGCUGCUUUUGUUUUUUUAGCUCAUAUUUGUGCUGAAUUUGAUUCUAUAAGUUUUAAAAUAACGUUCCAAUCCUAUGCUGCAUUGUUACGCGCUCACCAACCCGAGGCAAGGACAUUGGUAAAGCAAGCAUUGGAUAUUCUUGCGCCGGUCGUUCCAAGAUAUAGAAUUCCGCCACCGCCAAUCGAUGAAAAGAAAGAUAAAAACAAGAAAUCACCACCUCCUACUUGGAUUCAUUAUACUAAGAAAGUUCUUUUAGAGGAUGGUCAUAGUGUUUCCCAAUUAGUUAAUGUUUAUCAAAUGCUUGUACGUCACCCGGAUUUAUUUUAUGAGUAUCGGGAGCAUUUUAUGCCCCAAAUAGCGAAUACUUUAACACGAUUAGGAUUACUUCAGAGUGCAACUGCAGAAACUCGACUCUUGACAAUAGAUCUUUCUGAAUUGAUUCUGAAAUGGGAAAGACGUAGAAUAUCAGAAUAUCGUUCACAAGAUCAUUACACUAAUAGCGCUGCUUCAACUCCCGUCGCAACAACACCUGAAAAACGAAGAUUUGAAGCCGAAACAGAGUUUUCUCCGCGUAAAAGACAACUAAUAGAACAUGGUGGAGAGUUGCGUGGAGUUAUAUCGGACCAAAAUUCUAGAUACAUUUUAAAUCUCAGUUUGAGGGAGAACGUUGUCAAUUAUCUUGUUCGAUUUGUGUGUACUUCUAGUGAGUCGGUCAUUAAAAUUGGAUUAACUCGAAGAGCUCUUGAUUUAACAAAAGAGUUUUUACAACCCGAAUUCUGGCCAGAAGUUAAUGUGAAGUUGAAUAUUUUUGAUCGCACUCUUAAAGCUGAUGUUACAGAUAAUACUCUUGACAGUAUUUGCAAUAGUUUGGACGUUAUUGAUGUAAUUUUGGAUCGGAAACAGACUGAUUGGUGCAUCACAAACAUUGACAACUUAAGAGAAUUACUUGAACGUAGUAUUAAAAGCAAUAAUUCACGCAUUCAAAAAUGUCUUCAUCCAGUUCUAGUUAAAAUCUACAAAGUAUAUGCAAGUAUGUUCCCAGCUGAGCCAGUUGAAUCAUCACCAGAGCCGCAACCUGUAAUAAAACAAGAAACAGAUGUUGAUAGCUUUAUUAAGAUGAUCCAUACAACGAUUCAAGAUGGACUUCAAAAUUUGAAUAAUUUAUAUAGCGUGAUGAUGUUAUUGAAAGCUGUCGGCCAUUCAAUGCCAAAAAAUAUUGAUAAUUUCUUACCUGGAAUUAUCCAAGUUGUUCAAAAACUUACAAAUGAUCCAAUACAAAAUACUACUUCUGGUGGAAGUAAUAUUGCGAAUAAUAAUGUACAAAAUCCAGAUUCACCUGUUAAUGUCUUAAUUAUGUCGUUACAAUUAGUGAAUUCUCGAAUUACAGAGCUGACUGAAUCAAGACAAGCCUUUCUUACAUCUCUCUCACACUUAAUAGAAAAGUCAAAAGACAUUGAACUUUCACGCUCCAUUUUCGAAAUGGCAAAACAAUGGGUAAUUGAUAAAGUUGAACCAUAUCCAACUAUGGAGGAACAGGGUAGAAUACUACUAAAGAUGUUAUGCUAUGAAUCUCUAGAAGACAAGACUUUAAUUGAGGAUUAUCUAAAUCUAGUCGUUGAAAUAUAUAGUAACCCCUCAUUUGUUAGAUCUGAAUUGACUGUAAGAUUGGAACAAGCAUUUCUUAUGGGAACGCGUUAUGGGAAUCCUAAAUUACGUAAUAAGUUUAUGGAUAUAUUUGACCAUAGCAGGCCUAAACUCUUACCAACGCGUCUCACCUACAUAAUCUCUGUACAAAAUUGGGAAUAUCUUGUUAAUUAUUUCUGGAUUCAUCAAGCUUUAGAUUUAUUGAUCGGAUCAAUUUCUUCUAAGAAAAAGAUUCAGCCACCAGUUCAUUGUUUACAAACAAAAGCAAUUACUACAGUUGGAGUUCCUAAUAUCACAUAUCAUCAAUCGAAUAUAAGUGAGGAAUUGAAAGAGUUUAUUAUAAGUCGUCAAGAAUUUUUACGUGACAUGAAAAAAUCACGUGUUAGCGAUUUAUUAUCACCUUUAAAACAACUUCAUCGUUUAGACGAUAAUGUUGCUUACAAAAUUUGGGUUGACCUAUUUCCAAUAUGUUGGUCUGCUAUAUCAAAUAAAGAUAGGCAAGAAUUAACAGAUAGUUUGGUAUCUCUCUUAUCAAGAGAUUAUCAUUCAUUGCAGGCUGAUGCGAGACCAAAUUGUAUACAAGCCUUAUUAGACGGUAUAUCUCGUUGUGUGCACGUUAUUAAAUUGCCUCCACAUUUAAUAAAAUAUCUUGGAAAGAUUCAUGGUGCAUGGCAUAUUUCUAUGGAAAUGCUUCAACGUACUGUGAAUGAUGGCGAUAAAGAUGAUGAAAAAUAUAAAGAUAGUACCUUGGAUGCUCUAGCAGAUUUAUAUUCUUCUUUGUCUGAAGAUGACAUGUAUUAUGGGUUAUGGAGGCGACGUGGAAAAUAUGUUGAAACAAAUUCAGCAAUUUCGUCCGAGCAAAGUGGAAAUUGGGUACAAGCACAAGUAAUUUAUGAAAAUGCUCAGAAUAAAGUUAAAUCAUCAGGUUCGCAAUGCACUGAGCCUGAAUAUUUAUUAUGGGAAGAUCGGUGGAUAGUCUGUGCGCAGAAAUUACAACAAUGGGACAUUCUAAUUGACUUCGCAAAGAACGAGAAUAAUACUGAUUUAAUGAUUGAAUGUUCUUUCCGUUUAACGGAUUGGACAAUUGAAAAAGAGUUAACCGAACAAGCUAAUAUGUUAAUGUCAGAUUCCUCUUCACCGCGUGGUAAAGUAUUUGAAGCAUUUAUAUCUCUAAUGAAAUCUCUCAAUAGCAAUAAUUUAGAAGAAUAUAAGAAGUUAUCUGGCGAAGCUCAUCAAUCGGUUUUACAUAAAUGGCAUACAUUACCUAAUGUGGUAUCUCAUAGCCAUAUUUCAUUAUUACAUACUUUCCAAAUAUUAGUAGAAUUUGAUGAGGCUACAAAAAUGUUUGCAACUUUAGCCAGUAUAAAUAAUCAAAAUGCGGACACUAAAGCUAGUGAGCUAAAAACUGUAUUACAAAGUUGGAGAGAACGAUUACCUAAUAUGUGGGACGAUAUUAAUAUAUGGAGUGAUAUUGUAGCAUGGCGAAGGCAUGUAUUUGCUGUCAUAAAUAAGUCGUUUGCUCAAUUUCAGUUACAGCCUAACAAUAAUACGAUGGCCCCAACAAAUUACCCGUUUCGUGGUCAUCAUGAAACUGCAUGGACAAUAAAUCGUUUCGCUCACGUUGCAAGAAAACACCAUUUAUCUGAUGUAUGUGUAAAUUUCUUACAGCACAUAUAUUCAUUGCCUAAUAUUGAAAUCCAAGAAGCAUUCUUAAAAUUAAGAGAACAAACCAAGUGUCAUUAUCAAAAUCCAGGGGAAGUGUCAGCAGCUUUGGAUGUUAUAAAUAAUACGAAUUUAAAUUAUUUUGGUCCUCAACAAAAAGCAGAGUUUCAUACCUUACGCGGAAUGAUAUUAGCGAAAUUAGGUAGAAAUGCAGAAGCCAAUGAUAGUUUUUCUCGGGCAGUUCAAGUUGAAAUGCGUCUUCCUAAAGCCUGGGCAGCUUGGGGAUACUAUAACGAUCGCAAGUUUAAAGAGGAGCCUGGUGAUACCACUUUAGCUGCUAAUGCUUUGAGUUGUUAUUUACAAGCUGCGGGUUUGUAUAAUAAUGCCAAAUCAAGAAAGUUACUUAUCCGUAUUUUGUGGCUUUUAUCUCUUGAGGACCCUCAGAGCCACAUAUCACGAGUGUUUGAAAUAUAUAAUAGCAAGAGUGACGUCCCAGUAUGGUAUUGGAUAACGUUUAUACCACAACUUAUUAUUUGUUUGAUGCAUAAAGAAGCCAAACAUGCUCGUAUUAUUCUUAUGAAGAUUGCAAAACAGUAUCCACAGGCGCUGCAUUAUCAUUUAAGAACAGCAAGAGAAGAAUACAUGUUAAUUAAAAAGCAGGCUGCUAUUGCACAACAGCAAGCAGCAGCUCGUACUGGACAUAUGCCUUCUACUGUUAACACACCAGCAACUCCAACACCUGUACCUGCGUCAACGACAAACGCUGCCGAAGGAUUAAUUAAAUCUAAUGGAAAUAUUCACCGUAAAGUGCAGGCAACUCAAAGUCAAGCAAGUCCUAGCCCCGCUCAAAGAAGUCCUUCUCAGAUGAAUACUCAUCCAAUAAACUUUGGUAAUCAAUCAAGUUCUGUACCUCCUCAACCACCACAAAGCCCAGCAAUGCAAGGUAUCAAUAAUGGCAUGAAUAUGCCAACAUCAUCCCCUAACGUUCCUGUACAAUCGAUACAAAAUAUUCAGGGCAUGAAUACAGUUUCUAAUGGGGUGUCUCCUGCCACAAUCUCGAGUACUCCAUCAACUUCAACACCAACAAAUAAUAUCCCUACAACAUCUAACAUUGUUUUGCAAGGACAUGUAACUACAACACCUUCGGCGAGUGUUGAAACUGGAAGGUCACCAAUGACGCCAACUCCAGGAAUUAAUCCAGCUAUGCAUACAUUACAAUCCAUAAAUCCAGUGGGAGCUCAACAACAACUUCCCAAGCAACCAUGGGAACACGUAGAAGAUAUCAUGUCUAUAUUGAAAACGUCAUUUCCAUUGUUGGCUCUUUCAAUGGAAACCAUGGUUGAUCAGAUUCAGCAACGCCUUAAACCGUCAUCAGACGAAGAUAUUUAUAGGUUGAUAGUUACACUUUUAAAUGAUGGCGUACAGCAACUAAUUACAAGAUUGAACAAUCCCAAUGACAAUGGAUUAUUAUCUCCAAUAAUGGAAGCUAAUAUCAAACGUUUUGCAGAUAAUUUGUAUGCGGGACCAAUUAAGACGGCAUUUGAAGUGGACUUUAUUAUCCGGAAGCCAGACUUGGCAACUUAUGUUGAGACUCUUCGUAAAUGGAGAGAUCGGUUUGAAAUUGUAUUGGAUAGCAAACCUCGAAAGCAGCAUUUAGAACAUUUCAGUACCUAUCUUGUUGAGUUUCAACAUCAAAAGUUUGAGGAAGUUGAAAUACCUGGACAAUAUUUAUUACUUAAAGAUAACAAUGCAGAUUUUGUACGAAUUGAUCGAUUUUUGCCAGACGUUGAAGUUGUUAGAGCUCAUGGGUUUUGUUACCGAAGGGUUACAAUUCGAGGGCAUGAUGGAAGUCUUCACCCAUUCGCUGUCCAACAUCCAUCAGUAAGACAUAGCCGUCGUGAAGAACGAAUAAUACAACUUUUUAGAAUACUUAAUAGCGUGUUAGAACGUCGUAAAGAGAGUCGCAAGCGCAAUCUUUCCUUUCAUCUUCCAUUAAUCAUCCCAUUAGCCCCUCAAAUUAGAAUUAUCCAAGAUGAUUCUUCAUAUUGUUCACUUCAAGACAUUUAUGAGGAUCAUUGCGAUAAUACUGGUAUAUCAAAGGAUGAUCCAAUUAUAUAUUAUAAUAAAAAAAUGAGAAAUAAUUUAUCACAUCUUAUAGUGAGAAAAGAUUUGUAUAAUUUAAGAGUCGAGAUCGCCGAACAAAUUGCUACGAAAUAUAUCCCAAAUGAUACGUUAACAAAGUUCAUGUAUAAAACUAUGAAAUCGCAUGAAGAUCUUUGGACGAUACGUAAACAGUUUACCAAUCAAAUGGCAGCAGUAUCAUUUAUGACAUACGCAUUGUGCAUCGGCCAAAGGCAUCCACAUAAAUUCAUGAUUUCGCGAAAUACAGGAAAUAUUUGGACUUCGGAAUUACUUCCAACAUUCAAUCCACACCAACCCUUGUUAUUCAAUGCUGAAGCUGUCCCAUUCAGAUUUACUCGAAGUAUUCAACAUUUUAUGACGCCAAUUGGAAUUGAAGGAGUUUUUAUUUCAGCCAUGAUGUCCAUUGCUCGUUGUUUAAUUGAACCAGAGUUCGAUAUGGGCCAGUAUCUUGGAGUAUUUAUUCGUGAUGAGUUGAUCACCUGGCACUAUAUGUGCCAAAGGAUGAUCAGCGAACAACAACUUCGAGACAGAGUCAAAUUAAACGUGGAACAGAUUGUUCACAAAGCAAAGAUUAUUGCUUGUUUAGAAUCAGAUCGAGAAAAAUUGCUAGACAAACAUUUACAAAUACAUCAGAGGGCCGUUAGCAAUUCGCUUCUAGACUUGAUCGCAAUGGCUAGCAAUCCACAAAAUUUGGCCGCAAUGGAGGUUAUUUGGAUGCAAUGGUUAUAAAUGAAUCCGUAUGCAGCUAUAAAAGUAUUAAUUUUUAAUUUACAAAAAUAUUAUCCAAGGUGGAUAAUAAUCAUAAAUUUAACUUGUAUUUAUAAUUAAUUAUACACGUGUCCUAAAAAACCAAGAAUAAAAGAACUUUUCUAACAAAAAGUUUAGCUGAAAUUAAGCAUCAUGUGAAUUAAAAUUUAGUCACAUGAGAACGCUUACUUUGUACAACUUUUGCAAUAUUUUAA